AUGGCGAUUCCGCAGAGAUUACACGACGAGGAAGAAGAAGACGAAAUCGCUGAAGCUGCUGCUGGUGGUGUAACGAGAACAAGAUCCGAAACCAGUAGCAGCACGAGCUCUAGCUCUUCUUCUUCUUCAUCGGAACAACAACAACAAUACGUAACGCUGAAAAGCUCCGAUGUCCUCGACUGUCCUACUUGCUGCGAGCCGCUGACGACUCCGAUUUAUCAGUGUGCUAACGGCCACGUGGCUUGCUCCUCGUGCUGCGAGGCGUUGAGGAAGAGAUGCGCGUUCUGCAGAUCUCACAUCGGGAGCAUCCGAUGCAGAGCCAUGGAGAUGGUCAUCGAAUCAUCCACAGUCCAGUGUCGAUACUCAUUACACGGUUGCGGCGAAACGACGCCGUACGGAAGAAACCAAUCAAGCCACGAGGAGCUCUGCGCUUUCGUCCCCUACAGUGGAUCAUACGCUGAUCUCAAACGCCACGGUCGCGCUUCGCACUCUGAGGUUGUUAUUCCGUUUGCGUUGGAUAGGGCUCAGAUCUUGGGGUUGGACAGGAUGGCUGUUUUGCAGGAAGUGGAAGAGGGUGGUGAUCUUGUUGUGGUUCAAGCUUUCGAGGGAGUGUAUGGUGUGUCUGUGACCGUGAGCUGUGUUGCUGCGCCUAUGGCUACGACGGAAGUGCGUGAUCUCUUCUGCAGUGUAGCUGAACUCGACGGGUGUUGUAGCACAGUACGAAGGCUUGGGUUGAUGGUGAGGAGAGUUCAGAGAGUGGGAGAGCAAGAACAGCCUCCUGGUGGGUUUAUGUUGAUUCCGUAUGAUGAUAAGUCGUGUGGUGGUGAUCACUUGAUGCUGCAGAUUUGUAUUAGUACUGAAUCUAACUUUGAGCUGUGA